AUGCACCAUGACGUUGACGUUCCCUCGAGGAUUUGGAACUCCAGAUUAACGACUUUAAUCAAACUGUGCUCUCAUCUUCGUUAGGUCUCUUUGUUUAAAGAUUUUUUUUUAAUUCAUUUAUUAUUUCAUUUUUGUAUUUAUUUGGCCCACACAGAUGUCUGCCACAUUGAGUCUGCGUGUUCUGCGUUGCUGCUCUAAGCAAGGUACUUUUGGAUUCGGCCCUGGAGUCCUCAUGCGUACAUUCAGUGUUAGUAUGCAGAAAGAUGGGUAUAAGUAUGUCAAUGCUCAGGAGCUGCCUACUGAUCUAAGAUCCAUAACUGACCGUGCAGCCACAACCCUGCUUUGGACUGAACUCUUUAGAGGCCUGGGGAUGACCAUGAGCUACCUGUUCCGUGAACCUGCAACCAUCAACUAUCCAUUUGAAAAGGGCCCUCUGUCGCCUCGCUUUCGUGGCGAGCACGCCCUUCGCCGAUACCCUAAUGGAGAAGAGCGUUGCAUUGCUUGUAAACUGUGUGAAGCCAUCUGCCCUGCUCAGGCCAUUACUAUUGAGGCUGAGACUCGAGCUGACGGCAGCAGGAGAACUACCCGCUAUGACAUCGAUAUGACAAAGUGCAUCUAUUGUGGUUUCUGCCAGGAAGCUUGUCCUGUUGAUGCCAUUGUUGAGGGUCCGAACUUUGAGUUUUCCACAGAGAGCCACGAGGAGCUACUGUACAACAAGGAAAAGUUGCUCAACAAUGGGGACCGAUGGGAGGCAGAGAUAGCAGCCAACAUACAAGCAGACUAUUUGUACAGAUGAACUUUUUGCAGUAGCAAUCUGAAUUUAAA